AUGAUUUUUGAUCUUGGUAGGCUAUUUGGCCGGAAGAAGGAGGACACCGGCAGAACUGUCGCAACCCUCGGAACAUUGGAAUCGACCUUAGGGAUGCUAGAAAAGAAGGAGAAAGUUCUUACAAAGAAGGCAGCUGCUGAGGUAGAACGGGCUAAGGAAUUUUCCAAAAAUAAGAAUAAGAGGGCUGCUAUCCAAUGUUUGAAGAGAAAGAGGCUUUAUGAGCAGCAAAUACUCAAUCUUGGUACUUUCCAGAUGCGUAUUGAUGAUCAGAUUGCUUUGUUGGAAGGCGCUAAAGCUACAAUGGAAACUGUUGGAGCUUUGAAAAUCGGAGCAGCUGAAAUGAAAGCAAUGCAAAAAGCAACGAAUAUUGAUGACAUUGACAAGACAAUGGACGAGAUAAAUGAACAAACUGAGACUUUGAAAACGAUACAGGAGUCUUUGAAGAAUUCUGGCCUCGACGAUAUUGACGAGGAGGAAUUGGAACUGGAACUUGAUGAAAUGGAGGCGCAGCUUUUGGAAGAAGAGAUCAUUCCAACUCCAAUCGCUAAACAUGCUGGACCAGCACAUGCUCCUGUACCAACAACAGCAGGCGGGCAACCUGCUCCUCAAAGCCAAUCUGACGAGGAAGAUGAACUUGCUGCCUUGCAAGCCGAAAUGGCACUUUGA